CCCUGAGCUAACCACACGUCAGGUUGAGAUGCUGCAUUUGACUGGUCUGUCUCAGGUCAGUCAUGAGACUGUUUGGACCAGUUCAUCACCCCCUUACACAACUGUAAAUCGUCAUGUUUAGGCUGCCUGCAAAAAGCGCGUCUGGUUUUGCGGUUGUUCUGCCUUUAGGUAACGUUAACGUGUUAGCUAUGAUUCUAAGUUUGUUUCUAGAAUGAUGAUUCUGGUCCUUGAUAUGUAGCUUCUCUGGCUAGCUUGUCACCAAACUAUCCAGUUUCAACAUAGUUAGCUGAUCAUCCUGGCUCUCCACUUUGACAUAAUGCCAUGGGGAACUGUUGGUCUCACUGCUAUGCGUUAUUUAGAAGAGAAGCAAAUAGAAUUCAACGAGGAGGAGGGUCCAAGUACUUCAGAAGUACUACAACUGGGGAGCACUAUACUAUAGAGUUUGAGAACCUUGUUGAAAGCGAUGAGGGAGAAAGUUCAGAAACUUGCCCCAGACCAAUCAGUGAAGAGGAGAUCGGCCACCUGAAGGAGCUUCGCUACACUGCCAUUGCAGAUCAGCAGACACUGAUCGAUGAGAAGCUGCGUGCGGAGUUAGUGGCACAAGAGGAGGCGUUAAGGCUAGAGGAAGAGGCUAUAUGUGCAGCCCAACGGGAGGCCGCCCGGUUGGCACGGGAACGAAGGCUGCAGGAGCAGCAACAGGAGCAAGGAUGCAAAGGGCGGCCUGAAGCCGAGACUGCUCCCACCCACCAGAGGAAACCUGGUGCUGGUGGGGAGUUUGAGGUUUACCUGCAGGGUGUGAAGGCCCAGUCAGAAGCCUUCCGCAGCAGCCGCCUGUCAUCGGAGACCAAUGUGGUCACCCCAAACACAGAGAGCAGCUGGGACUUUACCAGCAAGCGCUCCACUAACGAUGAUGGCACCUCCUUGGACUUGGAGUGGGAGGAUGAAGAAGGCAUGAACCGUUUAGGUCCAGCGUGGGAGCGCUCUAAGACCGAGGAGGACAUCCUCCGCGCGGCGCUUCGUCCCGGGGCGAAGGCGGUGGGUAGCGGCCCCACCUCCACCUCGGAGGACUCCAACGCACUGGAGUGGGAGAACGACUUUGUGAGCGCCCACGCCGAGGACAACGAGGACGAGGACGACGAAGAGUUCGAGGGCUUCGUCAACCCCGUGCUGGACACACCCUCAGAAGGCACCCCGGAGACGCUGGACAUGGAGAGUCAGGAGAGAUAGUCCUAGCAAUGUGUAGGUGCGGUCAGCAGUCCACUCUGGUCCAGUCGUAACUUCAACCUAAACUCCCUCAGUCAGAUGCAGCCCAAAACCUGCAGGAGCUGGUCUGUGUACGCCCAAAGCAGCCCUGACUAGACCAGGAGACCUACAGUCACUCUCCAGAGUUGUCAAGUGUUUAUAUUCCUGCACUGUAGGAAGUAAAAGACCACUCCUGGUUAGACUUUUAGACUGGAAGAUGAGCUAGAAGGGUUCCAAUUUUAAUCCAAAUUUGACAAUUUGUUUAUUACGAUGAUCAGGUAAAAACUUUCUAAAUUAAAUUCAGUUAAAAUUGGGGUGAAGUUCUUCUUUAAGAUGUACUGUCUCCCAUGUGUUUGAAAGGGAUGUGUUUCCUUCAGCCUUAUUUCUAAAUUGGCUUGUUUUCAGAACAUUGAAUUAUUAAGUGCAAUUCAUAUGGCCUCUGAUUGGAUGUGAGAGAGCUUGUUUUCACAGAGUGGGUUGCAUGAAGACCACCAUUUCUUGUCAUUGUGUCUCGUCCAAAGCAACAUUGUCUGCUUGAAUUCAGUGCCUACAAGAAAAAUAAGACCAUAAAUAAAUUGUAAAUACAAAAUACUGCAACCUUUGGAGAGAACAAAUAAAUAAUUGAAACAGCUCUUUCUUUAAAAAGAAAGGUUUACGUCAAGGCAGCGGGCAA